AUGAUUGUCACUCUUUCCAUCCAACCACAUGAUGAUCACGUUCAUGCAUCUACAACAACAAUUAGUGGAAUUCGUGGUGGUAGUAGUAGUAUUGGUAGUAGUGGAAUUCGUGGCGACAGUAGUAGUAGUAGUAUUGGUGGUAGUAAUAGUCAGACUAAAUUUUCAAAGCGUGGUAAUACAAGUAAUAUUAUUAAACAAAAUACCACAUUAAAAUCAAAAAUCAAUGAAAAUGAUCCAAAAUAUACACCACGACACAUCCAUCUUGCAUUGACUGGAUCCGAUGAUGAAAUGUCACUCAUCUUCUUCACCAAUGCCAAAUUCAAAAAUUAUCAAGUCAUUUAUUCCACCUCCUACUCUGAAUUACAAAAUUAUAAACAAGAGAAAUCAAAUCUCAUCAAAAAGAAUUCAAAAGAAUUAAUCAAAAUACAAUCUACUCAUCACAAUUACUUUUCCUAUCAAGUGAAUGGAAUGUAUUCUGAAUUGACUGUUCAUGAAUUUAUUUUAAAUGGUCUUUCUCAAAUGAGUCAAGAAAAGAAUCAAAGAAUGGAUGAUUCAUUGAAGAACAAGCAAAAAACAACCACAACUAUUACUACUCCUACUACUACUAUUUAUUAUAGAAUUCUUUUCAAUCAUGAUCCAUCCAGUACACACAGUACUCCAAUUGAAUCUUUUAAUAUUUUAAAUCGAAAAGAUGCUGUAGAACGUUCCAUUCAAAGUGCACAACAGAUUUCAAAUGCUUCUCCAAGUACUAUUAGUAGUACUAUUAGUAGUACUAGUAGCAGUAGCUCAACAUUAAUUCCAUCCAUUGAACCAUCCUUCCAAUUUCUAGUGUAUGGUGAUAUGGAUAUCUAUGGAGAUGGUCAAAAAACUAUUCAAUCAAUUUUACAACAUCAUAGGGAUUCUACUCGUUUUAUUAUUCAUGUGGGUGAUAUUCCCUAUGUAUGGAACUCGGAACAUGAAUAUAAAUGGGAGCGAUGGUUUGAUAUGAUUGAACCAAUCACAAAGAAGAUACCCUAUGUGGUAUGCAAUGGAAAUCAUGAAAAUGCAUCCAAUUUCACUUCCUACAAAUCAAGAUUUACCAAUUCCACUCGUUCACUUCAAUCAAGUGCAACAACAUUUUCUAAUUUAUAUUAUUCCUUUGAUUAUGGUCCAAUUCAUUUCAUUGCCAUUAGUAGUGAACAUGAUUUUAAAUUACAAACUCUUUGGAUGGAAAGAGAUCUUUCAAAAGUAGAUCGAAACAAGACACCAUUUGUUAUCUUUUAUACUCAUAGACCCAUGUAUAGUAGUAAUGAAAAUCAUGGAAGUUAUGAACCAUUGAGAACUCAAGUGGAAUUUAUAUUGAGAAAAUAUAACAUUGAUUUGGCAUUGUAUGGACAUGUUCAUGCGUAUGAAAGGACAUGUCUCAUGCGUGAGAAUUUUCAAUGUGUCCAUCAUUCCGACGGAAACAACACGAAUCAACAACAACAACAACACCACAAAUACUAUUUCAAUCAGGAACAAAUGUCGAAAGGAACCAUCCAUAUUCAUGUGGGAACAGCUGGUUUUGAGUUAAAUCCAAAAUGGGAUUCUCCACAACCAGAUUGGAGUGAAUAUCGAGAAACCAAUCAUGGAUAUUUGAGAAUUAAGGUUUAUGGUGAUUCAUUGAUGCAAGUAGAAUUCCUAAGAGAUGGUGUUGAGAGUGUGGAUUCUUUUUUGAUCGAUAAAAGCAACAAGUAA